AUGACUUCCAAAUACGACGUGAACAAGAUCCACGAGCUUUCCGAGGCAGAGAAGUUCCGCAUGAUUGUCAUUCUCCUCAACCACAACGAGCCCAACAAUGUUGACUGGGACACUAUUAUCGCUCAGACCGGUUCAAAGUCCAAGGCUUCUAUGAAGGUCAUGUACAACAAAACCCUCAGAAACCUCAAGAAGGCCGAGUCCUCCGGCGAUGACGGCAAUGGCGAGGGUACUCCGAAGACCCACAAGAGAACUGCCGAUGACGACGCGACCACUCCGGGUACCGCUAGCCCUGAGGCCGAGACGCCGAGUCCCACAAAGAAGCGCAAGAGCAUCCCGAAGAAGGCGCAGGUCAAGACCGAGGAGUUCUAGUCCAACUUUACAUGCGCGAUAGAAAUGACGGCAUCGUAGAGAUUUGGAUCGGUUUGCUGAGGGAUUGCUACAAAGGACAUUCAAGACAACAAUCGGACAAACUCUAUAGAAAUGAAUGAGAAUUCAAGAGGCUACUGUCCAGCUUGUUCCAUGCACUGAAAAAUGGUCUAUGGCUUUGAAAUUCUCUUUGAGAGCCACUAUCUUCUUUUACGAGCCAGUGACAUCUAGAUCAUACCAGGACAUGGUCUAUGGCCAUGUCCGCAUUUUAUGUGUAGUCGUAAAUAUGCUUAGA